GACAGCUGUCAACAAUUUGCUGUAAGGAAAGUGAUUUUUGUUUUUCAAUGUUUGGAAACUAAGUAACCGGGAGAUCUCUCUAGAAACUCUACGAUAUCUAUUUUAUUAAUUUCUAAGUCGUUCCACUGUAAUUUCUGGCGCUUAUCAAAUUAAAAUGGCUAACGAUCCCGAAAGAUUUGAUUCUAUGCUGCUAGCCAUGGCUCAGCAGCACGAGGGUGGAGUAAAAGAUCUUUUGAAGACCAUUGUCAGCUUUCUUGCAAGAAAAACUGAUUUCUUCACUGGCGGCAAAGAGGGUGAUUGGGAGAGAAUCGUCAAAGAAACUUUCUACGAGUUUGCUAAAAAGGCACAAGAAGAAGCACAAAAACUGAAGAGGGAGAAGGAAGAGGCUGACAAACGUCUGAAGGACAUUCAGCAGCGGAAGGAGCAAGAGAGGCUGGCUCAGGACUUUGAGCCUGCAACCGUCAUGGAAGUCUCCGAUCAAGAGGCUGACAAAAUACAAGAGGAGAUUGAGAAGGACAAAAUUAAAAAAACCGAAGAUGGCAGCGGUGAUGGUGCUGAAAAAGCCGAAGAGGCCGCAGCAGAGGUACCAGAAGAUGACGAUGAUGAUCCCAAGGAGAAAGGCAAACUGAAACCCAACUCCGGCAAUGGGUGUGACCUUGAACAUUACAGGUGGACUCAGACUUUAGAAGAAGUUGAGCUUCGAGUGCCCCUACGUCAAGUGCUGCGACCCCGCGACCUGAAUGUGAUCAUCAACAAGCGUCACCUCAAGGUCGGCAUCAAGGGCCAACCCUUCAUCAUCGAUGGUGAACUAGACUCCGACGUCAAGAUCGAGGAGUCGACCUGGGUGCUACAAGACGGGCGCAAUCUGCUCGUCAAUCUAGAAAAGGUGAACAAAAUGAAUUGGUGGAGCAGGCUAGUCACAACGGACCCCGAGAUAUCUACUAGGAAAAUCAAUCCAGAGCCAUCGAAACUAUCGGACUUGGAUGGCGAGACCAGAGGGCUAGUCGAGAAAAUGAUGUACGAUCAAAGACAGAAAGAAAUGGGCCUGCCGACUAGCGACGAACAAAAGAAACAGGACGUGCUCAAAAAAUUCAUGGAGCAGCAUCCUGAAAUGGAUUUCUCGAAGUGCAAAUUCAAUUAAAGUUACAUUAAUAAAUUUUUAAUUUUAAGUAAACUUUUAAUUUUACAAGGUAUUAUUUGAGUUAACAUUUAAUAAUCACUUGUGUUGAACAUUCUCAAUGCAAUUAUGUUUUCAGUACAUUAAUUGCGUUCCUGAGUAUACUUUGGAGUCUGAUCAAGUAGUAUCCAAUAAUGAUACUUGUAACUGUAAUGCUUAAUGAUAUAGUUGUGUAAGCAUGAUUGUAUAUCUUGCACUAAUUGCACUGAUGCAAACAGCAUUUCCGUAUGUUUUAAUGUGAACGUAUUAAAUAAAUGCGUAAAAACU